GCAACACGUUCGUCCUUCGCUCAAAUGUGUCCUCCAUUUGACACCUGCUGUGUUAUGUGUGUUGCUCGCUACGGAAAAUCAAAAGUUAUGUAGGUUAUGAAAACUUCAUUUAAGUGCCUCGACGGAGAAAUUCCCCCAGAGACAAUAAACAGCAUCGCGAACUGACGUAGGAUGGCCUCCCCUUCACCCCACGACCGCAGUCGCAAAGACGAUGAGGAUGACCCUGUCGAACAGAUGAUAUCCCGCACUGGCUGUGCAGAGCUCCACUAUGCUGUGCAGGAGUGCAUGGCUGAACACCAGGACUGGCGAGUGUGUCAGAACCAGGUGCAGACUUUCAAAGACUGCAUGAUGAGCUUCCAAAAAGCUCGGAAAGAACAGCUGAUAAAGCAGCGAUCAGCCUCCACCGAGUCCUCGCCCAGCUGAGCUCACAACACCACCAACACACAGUUGGAUCAGUUUGGAACCUGACUGACUCAUUUAAAGUGGAAAGACUGUACCUAAUAUAAUUGUUUAGAAUGAAAAUAAAGGACAAAUAGCAACAUAAAAUCCUAAUUUGGACUUUAAAGUGUGUGCUAUCGAGCUAAUACUUGAGAUUUAUCAGCUAAUAUAAACUUAUUAAAGACUUUUCCUACCAGUAUGUAUGUUGGUUGUUGAGUAACAAGAAAUUGAAGCAUAGAAAUGUCGAAUACAUUUGAUUAUGUGGGAAGAAAGACCAAAGAAAACACUGUAAAGUACAUUUUUUUCAAUAGUGAAAUGCUUUUCAUGUCUAUUUUGGUCACUAAUGUGUUCUUUAAAAAAUAAAUAAAAAUGAAUCCUCCAUUA